AUGUUGUCGCUUAGAGGAAGAAUAAGGGCAUUUCAUACUUUUGGAAGGCUGGCUCAAGCACCACCUACAAAUAAUUUAUAUUCCUUCGUUAAAGACGAACCUUCAUCAAUAGAGCCUGAACAAAAAGAAGAAGAUCCUUCUGUAUUGAGAUUAAGAGGUAAAAAAAAAGCUCCAGGUAAACAAAAUCUUGUUAUCUUGAACGCAAAACAAUCAAACAUUUUCCACAAAUUACCAAAUCAUACCAAAAUUGCACCUGGUUUCCAUGUUUUAGAUCCAAUUGAAUUUGAAACAUCAAGAAAAAGACUAUUACAAUUCAAAUCAGAGGUCCCACUGGAUCAGAUCAUAUCAAGUAUACAAUACAUCAAACCUGAUGCCUCUGCUGUUUCCGCAGUUAGAUACCGUCAAAUCAAAGAUGAUAUAGCCUCUGCAUAUUCAAUUUCUCAACUGAAAGAAUUUAUUAAAAAAUAUUUCCCAGAUAUCAAAGUUAUAAGUUCACUCACUAAAAAGAAAACUAUUGAAAAAAUACUGAAAGAUUGUUGGAAAUUAGAAGAAUCAGAUGAAAUCAGUUCAGCUCAAGAUUUACUUAUUCAAAGAAGUUUUGAUCUUUCACCUGCUGAGAUUUUCAUUCUUUUAGCACAAAAUCCAAUGACAUCUUGGUUAAGAGCUAAUGUCCAAGUUAUUAUGAUUCCAAGUGAUAGACAACUUAUUGUUCGUGCUAGUGCUCAACAUGUUGCAUAUAUUGAAAUGGCAUUAUCAAGAAUCUUCCAUAAUAUUGUGACAGGUUCAAUAAAUUUGGAACAAAUUACUGAAUUGUAUAAAAAUCAAGGUGAAGAUUUACCAUUGGAUGUCAUUCAAAGACUAUCAGGUGUUUAUAUGGAAAAGUCUUCACUUGACACAACAUCAACUUCACCAGAACAAAAAGUAAUUGCUUCACCGGAAACCACCCCUACAUCAACAAACAAUACCUUGUAUGAUUACAACAUGUCUGCAUUAGGUAGAAGAAGAUUUUCAUUAGCUAAAAGAUUGAUGCUUUGGGCACUAGAUUUCAAUCCAUUUGUGAAAACCAAUAUCCACAUCAAAUACAACAAGAAAUCAACAUGGUUUAAAAACAUUUUAAGUGAAACUAUGCCAUGGAUUCAUAAGAACAAAACAUGGGUUCGUCUAAGAGCCCCAAAAGGUCCACACAAAUCAGCAACAGAACUAAAAGCACCAGAAAUAGAUUAUCAAACUAUUCAUAAUGAAUUAAAUACCCCAGCAACUUCAAAUAAAGCUAUAACAGAUGCUCCACAAAGUGUUAUUGCUGUUAAUUUUGGUCACUUAUUAUAUGAUGAAUCAACUUUAAAAGAUAAAACCCCUCAGACAUUCUUCCAAACAACUUUACCACACAUUCGUGAUACAGUUCAUUCAUUAGAAACUUUUGGUGAAAUUGAAGAAGCUGAUCAAGAAUUAGUUAGUGCUGAUCGUCAUGAAUAUCAUGCUCAAAUCAAAUUAGUUCCAUCCCCUUUCAAUAAUGCUCAAAAUUAUUUGAAAUAUCCUCCAUUAGAAUUCUGGAUUGAAAUUAAUGAUAAACAUAAAGGUGAUGUAACAACUUUGCAAGUUUUACGUAUCAUCAAUGAACAAAACUCAAUUGUUUCAUUGCCUAAUCACCCAUGUGAUUUGAAAUUCCUAAGAUCUGAUUCAGAACCUUUACUCGAAGGUUAUAAUGGUUCUGAUGAUUGGUUAGCUGAUCAACCUGGUAUUAAAGAUUUCUUAAAAUCAUCAAAUCUUGAUUUCAGUGGUAGACCUGGUUUGAAAAUUGCUGAUUAUGUUGAUGUCAAGAUGCCUGGUACUGAUGAAGUUAUUAGAUAUGAUUACGUCACCAUGGCUUAUAGAAAACAUUUAACAAUGGAUUACAAAGGGAAAUUAUUGCAAUAUUCUAUUGUGGAAGGUGGUAGAUUAGGUGGUAGAACAAGUGAAGCAUUAUUAGUUGGUAAAGUUGAUGAAAUAACAUUAGAUGAAUUUAAAGAGUUUGUGGAUGAUUCUGUGAAUUUUACCAAGCAAUUAUGA